AUGCGGGGACUCCGCUUUACCCCAAUCCUAGCGACAUUCGGCCUUCUCUCGUCUCUUCCCCAGUCCUUCGUCCUCGGUCAAGGAGAAACAAAGAUACACGAAGAGGGCCGUUGUGCGAUCCGCGGUCAUUGUGGGAAGAAGUCGUUCUUCGGUGGAGAACUACCAUGUCCGGAUAAUGACAUUGCAAGGGAGCCCGAAGUAUCAGCGCGGAAGAAGCUGGUGAACUUGUGUGGUAGUAAAUGGGAGGAAGGUCCUGUGUGUUGUGAAGAAGAACAGAUUGAUGCGCUCGCCAAGAACCUGAAGCUCGCCGAGGGCAUCAUCGCAUCGUGUCCAGCGUGCAAAGACAACUUCUUCAAUAUAUUCUGUACAUUCACCUGUUCUCCGGACCAGUCUCUCUUCAUCAAUGUCACAAAAACCGAGAAGGGUAGCUCCGGGAAGCCGCUGGUCACUGAGCUGGACAACAUCUGGUCCGAGGAAUACCAGAGUGGUUUCUACGAUAGCUGCAAGAACGUGAAAAAUGGUGCCUCUGGUGGGAAAGCGAUCGACUUUAUCGGUGGCGGGGCUAAGAAUUAUACGCAAUUCUUGAAAUUCUUGGGUGAUAAGAAGCUUCUUGGUAGUCCAUUCCAGAUCAACUAUAGAACGGAGCCUACAGGGCCGGAUGAUCAGGGAAUGAGACCGCUCUCUAUCACACCCAAGGCUUGCAAUGAUGCCGAUGAGGCUUUUCGCUGCUCCUGCGUCGACUGUCCGGAAGUUUGUCCCCAGUUGCCGGAAGUGAAAACGGACAAAGACUGCCAUGUCGGCCUGUUGCCAUGCAUGUCAUUUGCAGUCAUCCUCAUUUACUCGUUAUUUAUACUCGCUAUCAUAUCUUUCUCUAGUUAUUUUACGUACAGAGAGCGCCGCUAUCGCAAACCAGAACGGGUCCGACUUUUGCAAGACCCCUCCCCUAGUGAUGAUGAGGAUGAAGGCGACAUUGUUCACGCUGGUGGCUUACUGGAACAACCCACCGGGGUUUAUAAGCUGAACUCCAUGUUGGACGCAAUGUUUAAUCGGAUUGGAGGCUUUUGUGCUCGAUUCCCUGCAAUCACCAUCUUCACAAGCAUAUUGUUCGUCGGACUCCUGAGUCUAGGAUGGCUGCGGUUUGCUGUGGAAACAGACCCCGUGCGUCUCUGGGUUAGCCCCACCUCCGCAGCAGCUCAAGAGAAGGAGUAUUUCGAUACCAACUUCGGACCCUUCUAUCGUGCUGAGCAGGCUUUCCUUGUAAACGACCAUGGACCAGUGCUUAGUUAUGAUACACUGACCUGGUGGUCCGGCGUUGAAUCGCGUAUUCGUCGAGUCAACUCCUCAGACCACGGGCUCCUGCUGGAUCAGGUCUGCUUCAAGCCCACCGGUGAUGCUUGCGUGAUUCAGUCGAUCACAGGCUAUUUCGGUGGCUCUGCGUCCAAUAUUCAGCCAGAUACUUGGGAGGAGCGCGUUAAGCAUUGCGCCAAUUCACCUGGUGAUCCCAGCUGUCUCCCUGACUUUAGCCAGCCUCUCAGGCCUGAAAUGAUCCUGGGUGGUUAUGAAGAGACUGGUAACGUCCUCGAUGCCAAAGCACUGAUUACGACAUGGGUAGUAAACAAUUUUGAGCAGCGCAGUGAGGGUGAAGCCUAUGCUGUUGACUGGGAACUCACAUUCAAGAGUCUCCUCCUUGAUAUCCAAGAUGAAGCCAAGGAACGUGGUCUUCGAGUCUCUUUUAACGCCGAGAUCAGUUUGGAACAGGAACUCAACAAGUCAAGCAACACUGACGCUAAGAUUGUGGUCAUCAGCUACAUCAUCAUGUUUAUCUAUGCAUCCUUUGCCCUAGGCUCUGCCACGGUCACCUGGAGAUCGUUGCUAAGCAAUCCCGCAAAUAUCUUUGUGCAGUCAAAGUUUACUCUCGGCAUUGUUGGUAUCUUGAUUGUCCUGAUGUCAGUCUCUGCGUCGGUUGGAUUGUUUUCCGCCGCAGGUGUCCGAGCAACCUUGAUUAUCGCAGAGGUCAUUCCAUUCCUUGUAUUGGCGGUGGGUGUGGACAACAUCUUCCUGGUAGUCCAUGAAUUCGAGCGGAUCAAUGUCAGCCAUCCCGACGAAGAAAUUGAUGAGCGUGUUGCGCGUGCAGUGGGCAGAAUUGGCCCCAGCAUUUUCUUGUCAGCUGUGACAGAAACUGUUGCCUUUGCCCUCGGUGUCUUUGUGGGCAUGCCCGCCGUCAAGAACUUUGCAGUUUAUGCAGCCGGGGCAGUAUUUAUCAACGCAAUUCUGCAGAUGACCAUGUUUGUUUCUGUACUUGCUCUCAACCAGAGGCGGGUGGAGAGCCUUCGUGCAGACUGCAUGCCUUGCGUAACGGUUCGUAAGGCAACCUCAUCUGGCAUGUUUGACGAAGACGUCUACAAUGACCAGGAAGACGAGAGUCUCUUGCAGAAAUUCAUUCGCAAUGUUUACGCAAACUGUCUGCUCGGCCGCAGGAUCAAGGUGGCAGUUGUGAUUGCGUUCCUGGGCAUCUUCACCGCUGGCUUGGCGCUCAUUCCUGAAGUGCCACUCGGCCUGGAUCAACGUAUUGCUCUUCCUAGCGAUUCUUACCUUGUGCAGUACUUUGACGACCUGGACGCUUACUUUGGCACCGGACCUCCGGUUUACUUUGUGACACGCGAUGUCAAUGUGACUGAAAGGCGUCAUCAGCAACAGCUCUGUGGGCGCUUUACCACAUGCGAGGAAUUCUCCUUAUCUUUUGUUUUGGAGCAGGAGUCGAAGCGACCGAAUGUCUCAUAUAUCUCUGGGUCAGCUGCGAGUUGGAUCGAUGACUUUUUCUAUUGGCUGAAUCCCCAGCAAGAGUGCUGCAAGGAAGAUGGAAAGAUCUGCUUUGAAGAUCGGAUUCCUGCAUGGAAUAUCUCCCUCCACGGCAUGCCCACGGGAGGCGAGUUUGUUCACUAUCUGGAAAAGUGGGUUGAAGCGCCUACGGACGCGUCCUGCCCGCUCGGCGGCAAAGCACCAUAUAGCAAUGCGCUGGUCAUCGAUCCUAAGCGGGUUAUGACGAACGCCAGUCACUUCCGAACCAGCCAUACGCCUCUUCGAAGUCAGGACGACUUCAUCAAGGCCUACCUUUCAGCACGUCGCAUCGCGGACGGACUCUCUAAGGAACAUGGCAUUGAUGUUUUCCCCUACUCCAAGCCCUAUAUCUUCUUCGAUCAGUAUGUCUCCAUUGUGCAGCUCACUGGUACGUUGCUUGGUUGUGCCGUUGCCAUCAUCUUUGCCAUCACAUCGAUUAUCUUGGGAUCCGUUGCCACUGGUGCGGUAGUCACUGCUACUGUUGUGAUGAUCGUGGUCGACAUUAUUGGAUCCAUGGCUGUUGCGGGGGUAUCGCUGAACGCUGUUUCUCUGGUCAAUCUCAUCAUUUGUGUUGGGAUUGGAGUUGAGUUCUGCGCUCAUAUUGCUCGAGCCUUCAUGUUCCCUUCCCGCGCUAUCAUGGAGAAGACGCCCACCAAGUUCCGCGGGAAGGAUGCUCGCGCGUGGACGGCUUUGGUUAAUGUCGGCGGCAGUGUCUUCAGUGGCAUUACCAUCACCAAGCUGCUUGGUGUUUGCGUAUUGGCCUUUACCCGAAGCAAGAUCUUCGAGAUUUACUAUUUCCGGGUCUGGCUAGCAUUGGUCAUCUUUGCGGCAACUCAUGCGCUCAUCUUCCUGCCAGUGAUGCUCAGCUAUUUUGGUGGGGAGGGCUAUGCUGAUCCGGGAUCCGAUGGUGGACUCGAAGAAAAUCUCGCAUCCAGAGGCUACCGUGCCCUAUUGGUUGAGGAAGAUUACGACUCCGACGAGUUCUAG